GAGAGCGGAGAGGUAUAGCGUUGCUGUGAUACGUCCCUAUAUAUUUGCUGACAGGACUAUCUUCCCUUUACAGACAACCUCCUUACAUUGGUUUUCACUUAGUGAUGUCGCGUAUUUGUGUGGUGAACCUAUAAAGAGAGAGACAGGCAGAAGCCAGCUUUUUAAAUUAUUUGAUUCCUUUUAUUUCUUCAGUUAUUUUUUAUUUGAUUUAAUGCAUUGGCUGAAAUGGACUCAUUUCUGUAUUUUGGUUAAAUUUGAUUUUUUAUUUGUUGAUUUUUAUGUUUCCAAGUUUGAACUAGGAGGAAGGUAGAAUUCAUAUUUUUAUAUUGGCAAGUGUUUUCUUCUUUCUCUAUUUUUAAAGAGAUUGUUUGGCUAAGGACGUCCAUAACUUUCAUUUGUAGAAACGCUAUUCUUCACCGCGCUUACUUUGGACCAGGAGCGGCCGUUUGUUGCAUGGACCUUUGUCAAUUAUAGAAAUUGUUGUGAGCUUCAUUUAUCACCAAAGACGGCAACGCCAAACUAACAUGGCAGUCAGACUGUGUGAUGUGGCUUCUCUGCUUAGAAGUGGUUCGUGGGCGGCAGAGCCUUGGACUGGGCAGGUUAUUGCUGCCAUGGAAACACAGCUGUCCAAUGGGCCCACUUGCAACAACACAAGCAAUGGUCCCUCAACAAUCUCAAACAACUGCUCCUCUCCGGUAGAGUCAGGGAACAUAGAGGACAGUAAAACUAACUUGAUAGUCAACUACUUGCCUCAGAACAUGACCCAAGAAGAGCUCAAGAGUUUGUUUGGGAGCAUCGGGGAAAUCGAGUCCUGUAAAUUAGUUCGAGACAAAAUAACAGGGCAGAGCCUAGGUUAUGGAUUUGUGAAUUACGUGGACCCGAAAGAUGCAGAAAAAGCCAUCAACACCUUAAAUGGCCUGAGACUUCAGACCAAAACCAUUAAGGUUUCCUAUGCUCGUCCAAGCUCAGCCUCCAUUAGAGAUGCAAAUUUGUACGUCAGUGGCUUGCCAAAAACCAUGACUCAGAAAGAACUGGAGCAGCUCUUCUCGCAGUAUGGACGCAUCAUUACCUCACGCAUUCUGGUGGACCAGGUGACCGGUGUCUCCAGAGGAGUGGGUUUUAUCAGGUUUGACCGGCGAAUCGAAGCAGAAGAAGCCAUCAAGGGCCUGAACGGCCAAAAACCGCCAGGCGCUACAGAGCCCAUCACAGUGAAGUUUGCCAACAACCCCAGCCAGAAGACCAGCCAGGCACUGCUCUCCCAGCUGUACCAGUCGCCCAAUCGAAGGUGCCCCGGACCCCUUGCACAGCAGGCACAGCGCUUCAGGUUGGACAAUCUGCUAAACAUGGCAUACGGAGUCAAGAGCAGGUUCUCCCCCAUUGCCAUCGAUGGAGUGACCAGCCUGGCUGGCAUCAACAUCCCGGGGAAUGCGGGCACCGGCUGGUGCAUUUUCGUCUACAAUCUGGCUCCGGAUGCAGACGAGAGCAUCCUGUGGCAGAUGUUUGGACCAUUUGGUGCCGUCACAAACGUUAAAGUCAUCCGCGACUUCAACACAAAUAAGUGCAAAGGGUUCGGAUUUGUCACCAUGACUAACUAUGACGAGGCAGCCAUGGCCAUCGCCAGCUUGAACGGAUACCGCCUCGGGGACAGAGUUCUGCAAGUCUCGUUCAAAACCAACAAAACGCACAAAGCCUAAUCUCCAUCUCAGAUUGUUUAUAGAAAACUCUACAGAAAAUGGAAAAACAUUAAAUGGAAACCUACCGACCAUAAACUUUCUACAUUAGUAAAAAUAUCUUUGUAAAUCAGUGUUACGAAGGGAAACUAUAUUUAGCGUCCAAAGUUUUUUCUUUGUUUUCCUUCAUUGCUAGGCUUUGCAACUUCUUAAAAUACUUUGCGUUGAACCAGAAAAAAUACUUCAGGUUGUCACACCUGUAAUGUUGCAUUCAAUUGCAGUCUUUAAAGAUAGACCUUUUAAAAUGUUACUACAGCUUAUUAUUUUUUUGCUGCACAUCUGCUUUGAACCAUUAUGUCUUGUAAGGCUUUGUGAUUAUUUGUAAAAAAAAAAAAAAAUCUGUGUCCUGAUUUGCCUUAGGUGCGUUUGCGUCUUAAUUGGUUAAAAAGUAUUUAUUUUGGAUUAUUCAUAGUUUUUCUUAUUUUUGUAAGUAUUUUGUUUAUCAUAAUAUGAGUUGUUUAUUGAUUGGCUGCAUAAUGUUGCUUAUUGUAAAAUGUAAAUAAGACAAAAAAAAGAAUAACCUAAAGCAGUAACUUGCCAAAGAGCUAUGAAACUCUUUGAUGUGGGUUUAAAAAGCAUCUAUUUUUAUAAAAAAUGAAAAUUUGGAGACACUUUUUACUGGACCUGGAACAAAUAUUUUGACUUGGAUACUUUGAGAAAUAUCUUCAUAUGAGACCUUGUGAGCUUUUGAACUUUACCAGAAAGUUUGCUGUGGUUUAAAUUUAUGGAGAGAUGUGUAUAAUCUUUCGGUUCUAGAAUCAAUGGCAGUGCUGGUUUCAUUUGUAAAAUCUGUGGGUUGUCCUAUCAUCCUGGUUGUUAUAACUAGAAACGCACAUUCAGAUUUGAUUUGGAGAGACAGACAGAAAAAUACAAAGGUUUAUUCGCAAAAGUGCAUGCAAAAUUAUAAAGUGGAAAUAUCUUAAAUGUAAAAGCAGGAUAAAAAUCAGUUCUUCCUAAAUGAUUCCCUUCAGACAGAGCUCAUGGUGUUUUGUGGUGUACUUACUAUAUCAUUAGACUCAUUUUGUCUUUAUAUUAAACAAAUAAGGGUUUUACCUGCUUUGUAUGAAAGAGGACAAGCUAGAUAAAACCGGCAGCAUCUAAAGAAAACUAGUUUGAAUGAAGAAUGGAAAGGAUUACUCCUGAGCUUACAGCUAUGUAAAUAAGUCAUUUUUUAUGUUAAGUAUUUGGCUAACUUAUUUUGUUUAUUAAUUUGGAACUUUAUGGAAAAGUGCUUUUUUAUUUACGAGGACGUACAAAUAUGAUUUUUAUUUUGGAUAUUGCCUUUGAUUUGUUUGACUCAAAGUUGUUUACAUUCAGUUGAAAAACUUUAUUUGUUGUCCUAUGGACUAGCAUUACAGUGUAAGAUUUGUUGGUGGUUUGGUCUUUAGAUAGUCUUGCUUCUGCUAUUAAGAAAACUAGACAUUUAAGUUGGUUUGUUUUUAUAUCUAAACAUUAUAGAUAUAUAUUUAUGUGGUAAAGAAUGGAUAUAAACCAGUUUUGAACUAUUUGAUUACCUUUUCUUCAUGUUCAUAUAUACGUAAUGCAUAUAAACUGUCUUAAAAAUCGUAAAAAGGUGUACAUUGCUUUAUUCACUUUGGGGAAGGACAAUGAAGCAGUUCCAUGACCGUAGUAAAAAGGGUUGCAAGGGGUUGCAAGAGAUUGCUGAACGUCUUGCUUAUCUCGAACAAACGGAGGCUGGUCAAGCCUUAAAUGCACUGAAUACUGCACCUGCAUCCUGCUUUGUAUUUAACUAAAUAUUAGACAUGCUUCCCCUUAAAACAAGCAGUGUGUGCGUUAUAUAUUUAUCUUAGCAACUGCUUUUCUUUCUGGUUUGACUUGUUUCUUUUUUGGGUUACUUACUUGUACAAGUUAAACUUUGAUUAUAGAUGAGCUGUGACACACCUGCUGCUGUGGGGGAGGGGCCCUAUUUUUUCAAGCCCCUCACUGGUCUUGAUUGAGGGUAACUGUUAACGGAACAGAGGGGGAUCCGGCGUGACGAAAUUAGUCCCCCUGCCCCCACUUUAUCUCAAUUCUAAAUGUGAGAAUGAUUAUUUAUUUGAAGUUAUACAGUAUGACUUUGUUCACAGCAUUUUAGGGAUAGAAUAUAUCUUUUGAAUAUUUAAAAGGAUGUACAUGUUGUUUUCUUUUUUUGGAAUACUUUGUAUUUUUUCAUGUUCAGUACAUCAAUAAAUAAAUUGAA